GAAGAGUUAAUAUACCUGGAGUCAUAUCAGGAAUGGUCUGGGUCUUUUUUGUUUAGAUAUUACUCAUCUACUUCUGCAUCAACAGUUUGGACUGUAAAUGGAGCAUCCAGCUUAAACUGAGAUCAUGACAGCAAACAGAUGGAUAGUUUUGGCUGGGUUGGUGGGUCUUCUGUGGAUUUGCCCCAUCUUUGGAAGAUUACAGACUGACACACUCAGAAAAUGCUUGAAGAACGAUGAAAAAAUCUUUUUUGUUGCUGAUAACUACAAUGGUGUCGUCAACAAAAGUCUCUGGGAACAAAACGGAAAUGAAGAUGUCUGCAUAAUAUUCCUGGACAAAAGCAGCCAUACAACUGACACAGGAACAGGGCAUAAGCUAUGGCCCCAAAUGAAGAACUACAGUAAUUCUCUACUUCUAGUCAUUUCAAAGGUCCACAUCAACAUGCAAAUCCAAAUGUAUGUCCUAUAUGGAGAAAACUGCACAGACAGACUUGGCAGUGUUUCAACAGCUUCCUCGGACAGCUGUAAAUUUCAACUCGCAGUCACAGACUCUUGCCAGAUAAGGUGUUUCAAUACGAAGACUGUAUGUGGAAACUCCAAAUAUAAGAAGGAGCGCUGCAGUGAAGAGGCUCCCCAAGCUCAGGACAAUUACAUCAUCAAUGUAACGAGAACAGAGGAAGGCUGUAUCAACUGUAACAACCCGAAGAAGCCGCCCGAACAGACGAUUGAUGGGAACAACGAAGAAGUGAAAAAAAAGUUGAACGGAAUAAUUAAUACUAAUAAUGGAACUUCACUUGCCCCUGGUGCAGCUGUUAAAGUCAUGGGCGUUGCAGCCGACCUCGCCGCUUCCAUCAACGGGUCCACCGCUGCUUUGAAUCUGGCUGAAGGCAUUUCAGGCAUCUUGGCGAGAGAAACAGAGCCCACUGCUGUGGACACAGUUUCCUUUGGUUAUUCGUCACUAAACGAGGACAUAAAUGUCAUAGAUGAUGCAGGUUAUCUGCAAGACUUCACACGAGCUGUCACAAUACCAAAACAAGCUUUCGAGACAGCUCUUAGUUUGAAUGUUUCCAUUGCAUUUGUUGUUGUUAUGCGAUUUACCAACAUGUCAGAGGAUGGCUCAAACCACACUGUUUUAGGCAAUCAUGUUUUAGGAGUAGAAAUGGGAGCCGAAAUCAAAAAUCUCACGGAAACAAUAAGCAUCACUUUUGCAAACCUGAGUUAUAGCGGAAUACCAUCUUGUCAUUCAUGGAACGGUGAAGGAAACCUACCAAACUGGACUGACUACGGAUGUGAGACAGUAGUGAAUGGGAGUAACAUUACAUGCCACUGUUCUCAUUUAACAUUUUUUGCUAUCUUAUUGGCUCCCCUCAAUGAAACCGUUUCUAGCUCUGACCUGAACAGCCUCACCAUCAUCACGCAGGUCGGCUGUGGCUUGUCCAUGUUUUUCCUCAGCAUCAUUCUUUUCAUGCACUUCUUUCUGAGGAAGGCCAAAGCCAAUACGGCAACAAUAAUCCUCAUCCAUCUCGUGUUCGCCUUGUUCUUUCUUAACUUCACUUUCCUGAUCAACAACAUUGUGGCACAAAUGGAGAGCGCUGUGGGAUGUAAGAUCAUGGCAGCUGUCAUGCACUACUUCAUGUUGGCCACUUUCACCUGGUUUGCUGUGCAGGCUUUCCACCUCUGCCUGCAGCUCUACACCAGGGGCAAAAUAGAAAUCCACCGCUAUGUACUCAAAGUCUCCAUUAUCAGCUGGGUCCUGCCCAGUAUUGUUGGGAUCAUCCUGCUCAGCAUCGGAAAAUAUGGUGAACAGGUCAUAAACAUGGAAAACACUGAAAAUAAUGUGGCGAUGUGCUGGAUAACCGACAGUGACGUCCACUACAUUGUCAACAUUGGUUACUAUGUUGUGGUCUUCCUUUUCACUUUCAGUACCUUCGUCAUCCUAAUGUCUUGGGUUGUUUGUCUUAAGAGAUCCAAAACUGCAGGCAACGCACAAGUUAACAAAUCUGGCAUAAGUAUGAUGACUGUUCUGGGACUGUGUUGCAUGCUGGGUGUCACAUGGGGCUUCGCAUUCUUUGCCCAUGGAGUCUUCCGUGUGCCUGCCUACUACAUUUUCACAAUCCUGAAUUCUUUCCAAGGUUUCUUCCUCUUCAUCUACUACACCAACACCAGCCGCUCUGCUGAAAUGAACACUGGUGUGAAGAACUUCCAAAGCACUAGCAGCACCACCACCCUCAAAACUAUCCUGGAAACCUACGAGAACCCCUAUGAAAACAAAUAAAGCCCUUGAAGAUGAAUGUGGACUAAGGAGCAACAAGAAGCAAGUGCUAGGUGGUACAGAAGAGAAAAUUGUAUCAGGAUUUAUUUACUAUUCCGGUGUUUUUGGUUUUUUUAUUGUAUGAGCAGGUCUUUAUACAGGCUUUUGGCUUAUUCUACUGUCAGAAGCACAUAUAAUGAAAGAGUAUUUUAGUUUCAUCAUGUGUAAUGAAGGUUUGAAACUACAAUAUAUAUUAGUAUGACACAAUUACAUGGAUACUUUUGUUUUUUUAAUCUUCUAAACUGUAAAAAGCAGAUGUCAGAGCUAAAUAAUAGCAGAACAAUUUGAUAUUGAAGUAAAAUUAUCAUAUUAGCUUUUAUAAAAUAACAUUUUGUUAGUCAGAGGGGUACACACAAUUACUAAGACUUCCCAUUCAAUAUAACCCAAUGAAAAGGAGAUAAUUUGUUGCCUAUGAAAGCAUUUUAGCUUUAUUAUCCAAGGGAAAAACAAUGCGUAAUAACAAUAAAUCAUUUUAUUUGUAAAACGCUUUUCAAAAGACAGGUUCCAUAGAUCAAACCAAGUAGAAAUAGUAGAGAAUGUACAACAAAAUAUAAAAUUCAAAAUACACACAACACAGGAAUAUAUACACAGUUUUGACUUGUUUUAAAAUGAUAAAUGUACACUUUUACAUUAACAGAGCUUCUGCUUCAUUGAGAGCUUUUUCCAUCUCAGCAGCAUCCAGGGCAAAGCUCUCCCGUUCCUGCAUCAUCUGUUCCUGUGUUUUUGCAAGGUUGGACAUUGUUGUUUGGAUUUCCUAAGAUGAUAGACAUGGUACAUAAUGAACUUAAACCAUUUUUAAAAUGAAUUACAAUAGAAAUGUUACCUCUACAUUGAGGGCAAAGAGUCUUACCUGUAAUCGAGCACACUGCUGUGAUGCAAUGUCAGCGAAGGUACUUAAUUCAUUUAGCAGGUCAGUGGAGACACUCUGAAACAGAGACAGUAAAUAACACAUGGUCUGCAUUACACUGUGUAUAUAGGAUGCAUGUUUAUCGUGGGUUUAAUUCAUUGUAAAAUAGGUAAUUUAGUAGUUAUGAGGUGUAGUACAAAUAAGAGUGUUUGUUUUACUUUGCUUAUAUUGCAGUUUGUAUUUCUUUGUAUUGCUAUUUUUAGAUAAAUUCAGAGUUUUUGCUAAGCAUAUGACUUUAGACAUGUAAAGUGAAAUAAAUAUACCAUAACUUC